AUGAACCCGCAAUGUUCUAAAUGUAAAGCGGCAAUGAGGAGAUAUAACUACUCCGUCAAAGAGAUAGAAAGAAUGAGAAACGACUAUGCAGACUUAAAGAAAGAAGCAGAGAAGCCGGUAGAAAAUAAAAUGGACAUGUUAGAAUUUCUGAACAAAAACUAUCCAACUGCUGACGAUUUCCUUCUAUCUGACGUCAAGAAGAAGUAUAAAGAAACUUUCGGCAUUGUUAAAACAUUCGAUGUACUAAAAGAAGGAAUAGAAGCUACGAAACUGUUUAGGAUUUCAAAUAUACAUCGUACAAUUCAUGUAAAACGCUUAUAA